AUGGCCGAAACCGAGAAGCAGAUCACUGGUGAGGUACAUGAUGGCGCAUUCUACGCAGAGGUUGAAAAACACAAGGCUGCCUUAUCUCCCUCCAGUGGGUCUGAGGUUGGUCAAGAUGCACGCUUUGGCAUCAACGAGAAGGCACUGCUCCGAAAGCUUGACCUGAAAUUAUUGCCCGCUUUAACGCUGUUAUAUCUCCUGUCAUUUCUCGACCGCAGCAAUGUCGCCAAUGCGCGGGUCGAGGGUUUGGUGGUAGACUUGCAUAUGACCGGGAACCAGUACCUUACCGGCUUGACCUUAUAUUUCAUCGGCUACGUCCUCUUCGAAAUACCAUGCAAUGUCGUCCUGAAAAUGACAUCGCCCAAAGUAUGGCUUCCUACACUCACACUCGCUUGGGGCGUGGUUGCGACGCUGCUGGGCGUCACUCAAAACAUGGCUGGAUUCUUCGCCGCACGCUUUGUUCUGGGCAUGACAGAGAGUGGCCUCUUCCCUGGGGUCGUUUUCUACCUCUCCAUGUGGUAUAGGCGGGAAGAACAGCACUACCGGGUUUCUCUCUUCUUUAGUGCUGCGUCUCUGGCGGGCGCUUUCGGUGGUGUCCUAGCAUGGGGCAUCGCUCACAUGAAUGGCGUCGGUGGUUUACAUGGUUGGCGUUGGAUCUUCAUCCUCGAAGGAAUUUUUACCGUGCUCGUAUCCCUCAUCUCAUACCGCUUCAUUGCAAACUAUCCCUCGACUGCAAAAUUCCUUACCGAAAAAGAAAGGGCAUGCGUCCACGCUCGUCUGGAGGCCAGCAAUGACGCUACAAGGAACGAGGGUUUCACAUGGGGCAACGUCUUGAUGGCUGUGCGUGACCCAAAAGUUUGGCUUUACGGUCUGGGCUUCCACACCAUGAGUCUCCCUCUCUAUACACUCUCGCUCUUCUUACCAACUAUCAUCAAAGAGUUGGGCUUCACGGCAGCCCAAGCGCAAUUACUCACCGUCCCACCGUACGCAGUCGCGACCGCCCUUACACUCACCGUCGCUCUCUUAUCGGAGCGCUUCAAGCUCAGAGCACCCUUCAUCAUGGGCUCCGCAGGUCUUUCCGCUAUAGGAUACAUCGUUCUACUCACUCAAACAAAACCUGGCGUUGCCUAUUUCGGUACCAUCCUGGCAGCAGGGGGAAUCUAUCCUGCCACCGCCAUUGUGCUUUCUUGGCCCGCGAACAAUGUAAGCGGGCAAACCAAGCGCGCAACGGCGAAUGCAAUGCAGAUAUCCAUUGGAAACUUGGGCGCUGUUCUGGGCACCCAGCUUUAUCGAGCUACGGAUGGACCGAGGUACUUUCUGGGACAUGGGUUCGCGUUGGGUUAUUUGUGCGCCAAUAUCCUGGUCGUGGGCACGCUGUGGGCAAUCCUGAGAGCAGAGAAUCGUAAAAGGGAUAAUGGCGAGAGGGAUGCCCGACUGGUCGGAGUGGGAGUUGACGAGUGGCUGGGCGAUGAGGAUCCGCGGUGGAGGUUCCAGACUUGA